GCCUUUGAGACUCGGUCACUGCCUGGUGGUUUCCGUCCAACUUCUUUCGUUGACCAUUAGAAGAAUAACUUAUGAGUAGAAAACCGAAUCUAUUCGCCAGGGGAGUAGGCUACCUCCGGAUUCGCAGAGUACCCUGGCGUUACAAUGCUUGAAAAUAAUUAAAAACCCAUUUCAGUCAACCUAACUAAAUUGCAGGCUACCGCGAAUCCGUACUUACAAAUCUGGCAUACACAUUAGAGGCGUUUUCAUGAUUGGUGUGACCGUAGUACACGAUACGCGCUAGAAUCUUGGGUCGUGACGGCCCAAGUUUGGAUUACACAACUUAUUUAUUAGAAUGCACUGAUUGAAGCGCGCCUUUUCUCAAGCCACAUUUAAGUGAUUUCGUUUUAAAAAUGCGAAGAAUUUGGGUGGAAACCCUGCUGUCACGGCCCCUGCUGUACACACAGACACUUGAAUACCUCUACCUCUUGUAGGUUAUAAGCAGUCUAGUUCACGAGCUGAUUUUAGCAGCUCACGUCACUGCAAGAGCCCUUAAAGGUCCGUAUGGCGUGUCAAAACAAGACCUGCGACAGUCCAAUGGGACAGCUAUGACUUUAGUUAGCAAGCCAUUCCAGGUGAAUCUGUGUACCAACUGGAGGACCAUACCAGCUGUGGCCUACAGCUCCAAGUUGGGAGACCCCAAGAGGGCACCCAGGAAAACACACAUCAAGAAGGCCAAGCCCAAACCCAAACUGGACGUUGCCCAGCUGCUGAUUUCGCUCGGCAUGAGGCCUCUUGCCCAACCCUCCUCUGCUGCCCCUGAUGCCCCCAGACACACCAAACCAGCUGCAAGGGCUGCUGGAACUGGUCCAUUUGUGUCCGCAUCGGCUCCGCCCCCUAUACCUGCCACUCCUCCGCCUCCUCCUGAGACACUGACCUCAGCAGUAGCUCCUCCACCUCCUGAGACACUGACCUCAGCAGUAGAUCCUCCCCCUCCUGAGACACUGACCUCAGCAGUAGCUCCGCCCCCCCCUGAGACACCGACCUCAGCAUUAGCUCCGCCCCCUCCUGAGAGACCGACCACAACAGUGGACUCAGCCGCCCCUCUGGUCACUGCCACCCUGCAGACAGAACCAAGGACCAGUCCUCCAGCAUCAGCUGCCUCCCCUCAAACAGAACCAAGGACCAGUCCUCCAGCAUCAGCUGCCUCCCCUCAAACAGAACCAAAUGCCAGUCUUACACUGGGCAUUGCCACCCUGCAGACAGAACCAAAAGCAAGUGCUGCACUGGAGUUCACUACAGAGGCUUUCUCUGCCAGAGUUGUUGCCCCAUCAAACCCCAUUGAGCAAACUGAUGCUGAAUCUGCAGCCUCAGGUGAGUUUGCCUCUCAGGGGUCUGCAGCUGCCCCAAGUCUCACUGAGCUAGAGGCUGUUAUCCCAUCAGGAUCCCCCUCAGAACCCCCUCUUACGUCUGCUGUGGACUCUAGUGCCUUUUCAGAACCCCCUUCUGCAUCUGUUGUGGACUCUAGUGCCCUUUCAGAACCCACUCCUGUGUCUGCUGUAGACUCCAGUGCCCCUUCAGAACCAUGUCCUGCAUCUGCCGUUGACUCUGAUGCCCCUUCUGAACCUCCUCCUGCAUCUGCAGUGGACUCUAGUGCCUUUUCAGAACCCCCUUCUACAUCUGCUGUAGACUCUAGUGCCCCUUCAGAUACCUCUCUUGCGUCUGCGGUGGAUUCUAGUGCCGCCUCAGAACCUGCUUCUGCAUCUGUGGUGAACUCUAGUGCCCCUCCAGAACUCCAUCCUACAUCUGCUGUGGACUCUAGUGCCCCUUCAGAACCCCCUUUUGUGUCUGCUGUGGACUCUAGUGUCCUUUCAGGGUCUGCACCUGUAGAUUCCUUCUCACAGGCUGUUUCUUCACAAAGGGCAGCAAAAUCAGUAACUGCCUCACAGAGGAAUGAGACAAGUGCUUCUCCUGGGUUAACAGAAACAGUCACUGCCCUGGAGGUGGUUGUGUCAGGUGUUUCUCCAGGGGUAACAGCAGAUCCUGAGGUGAUCAGUCAUGAGAGCACAGCCCAUCCAGUUGACCCUGUUUCUGCAGUGCCCACCUUGGAGAUCAAUGCUGCAGAGGCUCCUCUUGCCUUGGAGAGUUCAGAUCAACAUGGCACAGAUGCUCCCUCUGCUAGACCAGCCACCUCCGACAGCAGCAGUCUAGAACUUUCUACUGGUAGAGGUGGCACUGCAGUAGUGUCUUCAGAGCCAGCUGUGACUGCAUCUGAGGCAGGUUCACUCGAGGCUGAUGCCAUUACAGCAUUAGGCCGUGGGCCGGACCCCGAAAUUAUGCAGGAUGCUACAGUAGAGUUGCCCAUCACAGUAGCAGCUGCACAGGGUGGAGCCGCAUCCACCAUGGCCACAUCCGCUACCGCACCGCCAGCAGAAGCUGAAUCCACCAUGGAAAUAUCCGCUACCGCACCACCAGUAGAGGCUGAAACCUCCAUGACCACAUCCACUACCAUGCCAUCAGCAGAGGCUAAGACCUCCAUAGAAAUGUCCGGUAACGCGCCAUCAGCAGACGCUGAGAACUCCAUAGAAAUGUCCGCUACCAUGGGCACAUCCGCUGUUGCGCCAUCAGACUCCGAGGCUGAGUCCACCAUGGGCACAUCUGGUAUCGCACCCUCAGCAGAGUUGCUGCAGGACUCCGCUGUAUUAUUGGGAGAUAUAUCUAAAGAGGCAGCUGCAUUAUUCGAAGAUGUUGCCGUUCCUGAUCUCAUAAGUCAUGUCGAAGCCCUCUCCCUCCAUGAAGUGGCAUCAUUCUUGGAAACCGUCCCUACUCCUAAAGCCACAGCAGAAGAUGUUAGUCCAGCUUCCUCUGUGCCAUCUGUGGCUGUCAUGCCCUCAGAGCUUCCCAGUGAGCUUGAAAUCGUACCAUUUCUAGAAAGUUCCUCAGUGCCCGACUUGACUUCUCACGUGGAGGCUGUCUCACUCCUGGAUGUGGCAUCAUUCCUAGAGAAUGUGCCCGAGCCUCCUGCCGCCACAGCUUCAGAUGCUUCUGCAGAGCCAGUGGCAUCCCUAGAGGACGUAACAGUGCCUGACCUGAUGGCCUCUAUAGAAGCUGUCUCUCUGCUAGAAGUUGGAGCGUUUCUGGAGGACAUCUCUGCUCCUGAGGAAGCAAUUUCUACCCCGGGAGUCUCUUCACUGCUGGUAGAUACCAGUGACUCUUCACCCACAGCAGACAACAUCUCCCUGCUAGAGGUCAUCCCAGGGCUAGAAAAUGCCUCAGUUCCUGAUCUCACACCCCACCUGGAGGCUGUGUCUCUCCUAGAGGUUGCACAAUUUCUUGAAACCGUGCCCAAUACAGACACAACAGCAGCGAUUUGUGAAAAUGAAUCUCAAGGAGUCUCCACUGGUGAUGACCUAACAUCUCCCACAGCCGGGCAUCUAUUAGACUCCGCCUCCACACCAGCAACUGCAGGGACCUCCUCAGGACUCCUGGGUGCAGUUUGGGUGGAAUCUGUUGUCACCGAGACGCCAGACACUAUCACAGAUGAAUCUGCUGCCACCCAGACACCAGGUGACGUCACGUAUAAAUCUGCCGCCAUCCCGAUGCUAGACGGCAUCACAGAUGAAUCUGCCCCAGAGCCACUUCCAGACACUGCUCAGAGUCAGCCUUUAACAGAGUCUCCCAUGGAGACCCAGGAUGCCCUUGGAAAUGAUAAAACAGGGGCGCCCAGAGAGGAACUCUCACACACAGAGGCACCCACAGAGGAACUCUCACACACAGAGGCACCCACAGAGGAACUUGCACAGGAGAGUGCAGAGGCUUGUCUGGACCCGGUGCAGAGGCUGUUCCUGCAGAAGAUCAGAGAGUAUCAAACCCUCAGCCAGUCAGCAGAAGGCGUGCCGGAGGCGGGGUCUGAUGACGAUGAGUUCCAGCGUCGGCUGGCUGAGGAGGAGGCCAAACUGCAGCGGCUUUACGGAGGUUGUGACCUCACCGAGUUCCCAGAAUUCAACUUCCCCGAGCCCAGGCUGGAUGAAGCCUCCACUAAAUAAGGACCUGACCAUUCACUGCACAUGAUCAGUGUGUGUGUGUGUGCGUGUGUGUGUUUGUGUGAAGAUACCAGUGCCUCGAUCUGGUCUGUGAGGCUGUGUGUGUGUGUGUGUGUGUGAGAAAGAGAGAGAGAGAGAGAGAGAGAGAGAGAGCAAGGAUGUAUGUGUGGUACUGUGAUACCAGAGCCUCUGGUGUGUGAGACUUCACCAGCUCUAUAGCCUUUAUGUAAACUGGGUUUAGGAUUUUUGGAAAAAGGGAACAGUUUGCACACAGUUUGCACAUUUUAAUUUCAACACCCAGGCUCUUGUACGAUCUGAGGUUAAAAAAGAGAAAAUAAAAUAAAUAUUUUG